UUCCUGCCCACUUUGAUUUCUGUGUGUGUGUUUUUUCCCCCCAGUGAUUACCUGUUCAAGUUGCUUCUAAUCGGAGAUUCCGGUGUAGGGAAAUCUUGCCUUUUGCUUCGGUUCGCUGAUGACACUUACACAGAAAGCUACAUUAGCACCAUCGGGGUAGAUUUCAAAAUCCGGACCAUCGAGCUGGACGGCAAAACCAUUAAACUGCAGAUUUGGGACACAGCUGGGCAGGAACGGUUCCGGACCAUCACGUCCAGCUACUACCGAGGGGCCCACGGCAUCAUCGUGGUCUACGACGUAACGGAUCAGGUAGAGUGGCCCUCGGGUGGACCACAGAGGCUUAUAACACCCCUGGGGCAUGACGCAAAGGACGGAGCAGAGACAGACAAAC